AUGUCCCCACAGUGUCCCCACCUCGUUCUGGUGGGCGCUGCCGAUGACGUAGCAGUACAGGUCGAUGCUGCUCUUGUACACCACGGGGGAGCGCUGAGGCGGCGGCGGGGCCGCGCUUCACCCUCACGAGCGCGCGCGCUUCUCCCUCACGAGCUCGCGCGCUUCACCCUCACGAGCCCGCGCGCUUCUCCCUCACGAGCGCGCGCGCUUCUCCCUCACGAGCGCGCGCGCUUCUCCCUCACGAGCCCGCGCGCUUCUCCCUCACGAGCCCGCGCCCGCCGCACGGGCGGGAACGCGCGGGCGCCGCACUGCGCAUGCUCCAAACUAACGGGCCGCGCGAGGGUCCCGGCGGAACCGCCGCGAGCAACGGCCGCGGUGAGGGGCGGGCUGAGGCGUGGCGGUGAGCGCCGGGACCUCGUUUUGGCCUCGUUCGGUGGCUGUGGCGACCGCCAGAAAUGCGGCCGCCGGGAGGGGCGGGGCGAAGCGCUAACGGGCGCGGCAGCUCCGCACCGCCUCCGGGCUGUAGCGGGCGAUGCAAUAGCGGGAGCGGUGAUGCAAAAGAGAGGCACGGCCUAUUCCAAGCCCGCCCCUUACGGACCGUGGCGGUGCGGGGCGGGGCGGGGCUGGCGCUCGGCCGCGCCCCCGUGUGUGUGGCGGCCGCCCGAGCGCGGCGGCGGCAGGCGGAAGAUGGCGGCGGCCGCGGCGGCGGCGCUGCGGGCCUGGUUCUGGAACGAGCGGUUCUGGCUCCCGCACAACGUGACGUGGGCGGAUCUGGCCGGCGAGGCGGGCCCGCCGGGCAGCGGGCUGCAGUACCCGCGGGCCUCUCACGUCCUCUCCGCCUUCCCGCUGGCGCUCGGCAUCUUCGCCGUGCGGCUGCUCUUCGAGAGGUUUAUUGCCAAGCCAUGUGCCAUAAACCUUGGCAUUCAGGACAGUGGACCUCACAGAGCCCAGCCCAAUGCAAUUUUAGAGAAAGUGUUUACAUCCAUCACUAAGUCUCCAGAUGGAAAAAGGUUAGAAGGCUUGUCCAAGCAGCUGGACUGGGAUGUCCGAAAGAUCCAGCGCUGGUUUCGGCAUCGGAGGAACCAGGACAAACCCACCACCCUCACUAAAUUUUGUGAGAGCAUGUGGAGAUUUACAUUUUAUUUAAGUAUAUUUUUUUAUGGAAUCAGGUUUCUCUGGACGGCACCCUGGUUUUGGGACACACGACAGUGCUGGUACAACUACCCUUUCCAGCCUCUAACAUCCAGGCUUUAUUAUUACUAUAUCUUGGAGCUGGCCUUCUACUGGUCCCUCAUGUUUUCUCAGUUUACAGAUAUUAAACGGAAGGACUUCCUGAUCAUGUUCGUCCAUCACUUGGCCACGAUCGGACUCAUCACAUUCUCGUACAUGAAUAACAUGGUGCGGGUUGGAACUCUGGUGCUGUGCCUCCACGAUGCUUCAGAUUUCCUCUUGGAGGCUGCAAAACUGGCCAAUUAUGCCAAGUACCAACGUCUGUGUGACGCUUUCUUCAUGCUCUUUGGGGUUGUGUUCAUCGUGACCCGGCUGGGCAUUUACCCUUUCUGGAUUUUGAACACAACCCUGUUUGAAAGCUGGGAGUUGAUCGGUCCCUACCCUUCCUGGUGGCUGUUCAACGGGCUCCUGGUGACCUUGCAGGUCUUGCACGUCAUCUGGUCUUACCUCAUCAUCCGCACGGCCUCCAAGGCCCUGGUGCGGGGCAAGGUAUCCAAGGAUGACCGCAGUGACGUGGAGAGCAGCUCUGAGGAGGAGGAUGUGACUUCCAACAGCACAAAAGGAAUUUUCAGCACUUCCAGUAACGGUUCCAACCGCCUGAACGGCCACGUGGCCGCUGGCCAGUGGACAGGAGAGGAGUAAGGCCCUGGGCUGGCCUUGAGCAAACACGAACUUCUCUUUCAAUAUCUAGUUGUGUUGAGUUCCACAUUCCCAAGUGAUCUUUAAUCAAAAAACCCUUCCCCAGAAACCUCCAGCAGACCCGAAACGGGCACAACCCUGACCAGUCAGAGGCUUUGCACGGCACAAGGGAUGAAGCCAACGACCGGGGCACAAAACAAAAAGCUGCAGAUUUCACUUCAAGCCAUUUUGUACUUCAGAAGUACAAGAGAACGCCCCUGAGUCCCGCUGAUAUUUGCAGAGGUGUCUGUCUUUGUGACAAACUGGCUUUUACUGGGAUCAACUCGAGGCAGAGCAGGUUUGGACCGCGGGGUUCGGUGCCACUCGGUGACGGUUCGCUCCCAGCAGGUGCAGCAGCUCUUGAUGCACUCCAGAAGCCACUUCAGAGCACAGAGAACGCAGGUUCUGUGUCCCAGCUGCCCUGGGUGAGGCAGACACUCUGCUCCCAGCCGAGCUUUGAACUGUGCUAACCCAGAACCACUGCUCUGCCUCGCCCCAGGGUGCUGGGGAGGUCCAGCAGCUCAUCUCUGCUGUCACCAGGGACCAGGCCAGCGUCUGCUGCCUCUUUUGGUGCUGCAAACCCCUCUGAAGUCUUGACCAAAGCCUUCUGCAAGGGGGUUGGGGGAGUGGUUUAUUGCCCCUGAGACAACCAGCAUAAUCCAGGCCUUUUAAAUUGUUUUCUUCCUGUUGCAAAUUGUGGUUUUGAAGACUUCUCUAGACCUACUGGAUUCAGUUGGCUAAGCUGGGACCAGAGGGAGGAUCAGAACUGGUGGGCUGGGUUUAACUCUCCAGAAAAUGAGAUGUUUUGGUCCUGUACUCUGAGACAAGUGAUUGUUGCUGCUCUGAUGUUAGAGCUGUGGAGGAACCCAGGGCUGGAAGAGCAGCCACACUGUGGGCUUUGCUUCUCUUUUUUUUACUCAAUGGUACUUGGGGGCAAUGGAACGGUCAAUCAGGAGCAGAAUUUUGGAAACUUCUCGAGUUGUUACCAUUUUAUACUGUUGUUUACUCUUAUCUCCAAUUAAAAGUUGCUUCAGAAA